CUGCACGUGGAGUCCGCGCCGCCGCCGUCCCCAGCCGGCUCUGGAGCACGGGCGAGGGCCACGGGGCCGAUUCCGGAGCUGCAAACAUUUCGUAUGUAUGGGCAAGUGAGAAGGCUCAACAGGUAGAGACGCUUGCAGACCUGAAGACCUGAAUUCAAUCCCCAGAUUCCAGAAGGUGGCCAAAGAGAACUGACCUUCACGAAUUGUUCUCUGACCUCUGGCAACAGUCCUGUGCUCACUCUGAUGCACAUACAAAAAGUAAAUGUUUUAGAGGAAGUACAGAUUCAUCUGCAAAUGUUAACAUACCAGAUUUUGAGACGCCUUCUAGGACUUUCUUUUUAGACAUGAGAGUAAGCUUUCUGAAGCUGCUGUGGACUGCUUCGAGUUGAAACACAAACCUGGAGGCCUACAGUAAGGACUGAGCUUUUGAAAUACUUCAACCAUGACUAAGAGAGAAGCAGAAGAGCUCAUAGAAAUUGAGAUUGAUGGAACUGAGAAACCAGAAUGCACAGAAGAAAGCAUUGUGGAACAAACCUACACACCGGCUGAAUGUGUAAGCCAGGCCAUAGACAUCAAUGAACCAAUAGGCAAUUUAAAGAAACUACUAGAACCAAGAUUGCAGUGUUCGUUGGAUGCUCAUGAAAUUUGCUUGCAAGAUAUCCAGCUGGAUCCAGAACGAAGCUUGUUUGACCAAGGAGUAAAAACAGAUGGAACUGUACAGCUUAGUGUACAGGUAAUUUCUUACCAAGGAAUUGAACCAAAGCUAAACAUUCUUGAAAUUGUUAAAACUGCGGAAACAGUUGAAGUGGUUAUUGAUCCAGAUGCCCACCAUGCAGAGGCAGAAGCACAUCUCGUGGAAGAAGCCCAAGUGAUAACUCUUGAUGGCACAAAGCACAUAACAACUAUUUCAGAUGAGACCUCGGAACAAGUGACAAGAUGGGCUGCUGCCCUGGAAGGCUAUAGGAAAGAACAAGAACGCCUUGGGAUACCCUAUGAUCCUAUACAGUGGUCCACAGACCAAGUCCUGCAUUGGGUGGUUUGGGUAAUGAAGGAGUUCAGCAUGACUGAUAUAGACCUCACCACACUCAACAUUUCGGGAAGAGAAUUAUGUAGUCUCAACCAAGAAGAUUUUUUUCAGCGGGUCCCUCGGGGAGAAAUUCUCUGGAGUCAUCUGGAGCUUCUUCGAAAAUAUGUUUUGGCAAGCCAAGAACAGCAGAUGAAUGAGAUAGUUACAAUUGACCAGCCUGUGCAAAUUAUUCCAGCAUCUGUGCAGUCUGCUACACCAACUACCAUUAAAGUCAUAAACAGUAGUGCAAAGGCAGCCAAAGUACAAAGAGCUCCAAGGAUUUCAGGAGAGGAUAGAAGCUCGCCUGGGAACAGAACAGGAAACAAUGGUCAGAUCCAACUGUGGCAAUUUUUGCUAGAACUUCUCACUGACAAGGAUGCUCGCGACUGUAUUUCUUGGGUUGGUGAUGAAGGUGAAUUUAAACUAAAUCAGCCUGAAUUGGUUGCACAAAAAUGGGGACAACGUAAAAACAAGCCUACAAUGAACUAUGAGAAACUCAGCCGUGCGUUACGGUAUUAUUAUGAUGGGGACAUGAUUUGUAAAGUUCAAGGCAAGAGAUUUGUGUACAAGUUUGUCUGUGACUUGAAGACUCUUAUUGGAUACAGUGCAGCAGAAUUGAACCGUUUGGUCACAGAAUGUGAACAGAAGAAACUUGCAAAGAUGCAGCUCCAUGGAAUUGCCCAGCCAGUCACAGCCGUAGCCCUGGCUGCUGCCUCUCUACAAGCAGAAAAAGACAAUUGAGACCCAGGACCUUCUGAUAGUCUAAGGUUUUUCUUAAAUAUUCAGAGCAAGCAUUGCUCUAACCUUUAUUACUGAAUUUGAAUCUUAUUUCUAGAUUGUACAAUCUGAUGCAUGAUUUUUUUUAUAACUAUUUCAUACUCUUGUGAAUUUGGAUCUUUUUACUUUGAGCAUAUAUUUUAGAAAAUAUGUUAAAGGAUCACCACGAUGCCUGCAGUACAAGAGCAGGUUCAUUGUGGGGUAGUUUGUUAACAGUCAGGAAAGCUAAACUGGUCAGUAUUAACGUCUAGCCCUACCAAAAAUAGCCAGUAGCAUCUGAAGAUGUAAAGUAAUUGAAGCAUCUUCAGGAAACAGUCUGGCCUAACUAUUUUUGAAAUGUAGCUGUUUCCUCUCUGCUGCUUUGGAUGCUGCUUUACAUAGAACCCGAAAAAGGAAUUCUCAGAUAAAGCAUGUGUGCCUGUUUCAUCUAAUCAAGCAGAGCUAAAUGUUUAUACCAGUUAAAAUUAUACCAAUAAGUUACUAAACUAUCAGGUUAUUAAUUUAUAUAUUUGCAAGUAAACGAUAGUAAGUUAAUUGUCAAAGAGCAGUGCUUGAAGGAGGAGAUCCAAGUUUAAAUUUGGCUUAAUUCAAGCCAUUAUUAAUGGUUUUCUGUAUAGAUUAUUCAUUAUGUCAGUCCAAGAACUUGAAUUAUUUUGAGAGAGGCAUUUAAUUCUAAUAAACAGCUAUUACAAAAAUUCCAAAAUGAUCUUAUUUUUUCUCUCA